AUGCCUCCCAAAAAGGCUACCGCCGCGAAAGCAGCUCCCGCAAAGGCAGCUCCAGCUGCGAAAUCCGCUACCAAGCGCAAAGCUCCCGGUGCCUCCACCGACGAGCCAAAGACAAAGAAGGCGAAGACCACCACCGCCGCCGCUGCAGAGCCCGCAAAGCCUGCUGCUACGAAGGCCGCUGCUGCCAAGAAGGCAGAACCCGCCGCCAAUAGAAAGAUUGCGCCCGCCAAGGGUGUCAAAGGUAGCAAGGUCACCAAGCCUGCGCCCGCCCCCAAGAAAGCUGCCGCCGCAAAGAAGGCUCCAGCUCCAAAGAAGGCCGCUGCGCCAAAGAAAGCAGCUGCUCCAGCCAAGGCCGAGGAAGCCUCGCCAGCUCCUGCUCCUAAGAAAGAGAAGCCUGCUCCCCAGAAGAAGGCCCUUCCUGCCAUCAACAAGAUCCCCACUCAGAUCCUCGACAUCUAUGUCUUCGGCGAGGGCUCUGCCGGCGAGCUCGGACUGGGCGCUGGCAAAUAUGACGGCAAUAAGAAGCCUGUUGAUGUCAAGCGUCCUCGUAUCAACCACUUGUUAUCUGCUAAGUCUGUUGGUGUUGUCCAAGUCGCGGUCGGUGGCAUGCACUGCGCUGCUCUUACUCAUGACAACAAGAUCUUGACUUGGGGUGUCAAUGAUCAGGGCGCUCUCGGCCGCGAGACUUCUCAGGAGGGCAAAAUGAAGGAUAUCACCAAAGAAGAUGACUCUGACAGCGAUUCUGAUGAUGAAGGCGAUGGCUUGAAUCCAACUGAAGCUGAGCCCCGCCAGGUCGAUCCCAAGCACUUCCCGGAAGGCACUAAAUUUGCACAACUCGUUGCCAGUGACAAUGCUACAUUUGCUGUUACAGAGGAGGGUUUAGUUUACGGUUGGGGUACAUUCAGAGGUAACGACGGUAUCUUGGGUUUCAAAAAGGGCGUUGCCGCUCAGCGCACCCCUGUUCUCAUCCCCGAGUUGAAGAACAUCACAUCUCUUGCUGCUGGUACCAAUCACAUUUUGGCUCUUGACAGUAAGGGCAGAGUCUUCGCGUGGGGUGCGGGUGAGCAGAACCAGCUUGCUCGUCGUGUCGUAUCCCGUACUGCAACUGGCGCACUUGUCCCGCGUGAGUUCGGUCUCCAACGCAAGAAGAUCGCCAAGAUUGGUUGCGGUGAUUACCACAGCUUUGCCGUCGACAAGAAUGGAAAUGUCUACUCAUGGGGCCUUAACACCUUCGGUCAGACUGGCAUCCCCAAGGAUGAAGAUGAUGAGAGCGACACCAUUACCACUCCUACAUUAGUCGAGAGCCUCAAGGGUUACGAUAUUAAGCAGAUUGUUGGCGGCGGCCAUCACAGUCUCUCCGUUACCGAAUCCGGUCAGGUUCUUGUCUGGGGUCGUAUCGACAACGCCCAAAGUGGUAUGGAAAUUUCCAAAUUGAACAAGGACGAUUUGUUUUUCGAUGAGCAUGGCAAACCCCGCUUCCUUGUGAAGCCCACUGUCAUCCCAGACAUAAAUGGUGAAUACGUCUCGGUUGCCACCGAUACCUGCAUUGUCGUCACAAAGGAGGGCAAGGCCUACAGCUGGGGCUUCUCGGCCAACUAUCAGACCGGACAAGGUACAACAGACGAUAUCACGGAGGCUACACUGCUCGACAACUCGGCAGUCAAGGAUGAAAAGCUCGUAUGGUGCGGAGCCGGCGGACAGUUCUCGGUCCUAGCUGCCGAGGCCAAGGAUAAGGAUACCGAGUUGACUAAUGGCGUUAAGGAGACGGCAGCAUAG